GGAUCACAAUGAUGUUUCAAUCUUCAUUGCCGAAGUACUUAUUUAGAAGGGUAUUUUCAACACAACAGAGAGUAGCCAAUGUGUCAGGUUCUACUAUAGCAUUCAAGCCAUUUGAACCACAGGCGAUCAGCUCUCCUCCAAAGUGCUACUACCCAGAUUUCGUUGAGCCUGAGCCUGAACCAGUCGUAAUGAGGGAUAAAAUGGUUAACCUUCCUUAUUCUAGUCAGAGACUCAAUGACUGCUGUAAAGAGAUUAGAGGAAUGCAUAUCUCAGAAGCUUUCACAACUAUCUCAAAGAACAAGAAGAAAGGAGCUAGUUACCUUUACGAUCUUCUCACUCGAAUGAGAGAUGAUGGUAAAGAAAAAGGCCUUAACCCUGAUUUCUUCUACGUUGAAGAAGCCUAUGUUGGUAAAGGAAUCAGAGGCAAGAAACUUGAUAUUAAAGCCAGAGGAAAAUUCGGAGUAAUCAGACGUCCUAAGAGUUCCUUAAAUAUUAUUCUACACGAGAAACCUCUUGAACAUAUUAUCAGAGAGGCAUUGAAGGGCCAAACUCCUCAAGGAAUCGGAGAGAUCUUCAGAAGAAGACUAUAUGAGACAAAUGCUGAUUUUGAAGAACUUAGAAAAUACAGCUUCAUGCUUACUGCUAAAGGAAGAUAUUACCGUAGACAGCAAUUCAGAAGACUUGUUCAUAUGGCUCAACAAGAAUACCAAAAGAAAGGAAUCCACAUUAAAGCCGCCUUAAUUGAGAAAUUCUUACUCGAUAAGCAAAUCCUGGAGAUUACUCAAGACAGAAGAGACAUCAAGAUGAAUGACGACAGAGAGCAAAUCCUUGCAAGAAAGAAGCAUUUUGAGGAAAACUACAAGAAAAAGAAGUAAAUUCAACACUUACAGGCAAA